UUCCCUAAGCCCAAUCGCCUUAAACCACACUCCGGCUCAUCUCGGUGCUGAUUUCCGUACGGGAGACCUGGCUGAGUCUAGUCUGCGGAGCAAAAAGUAGAUGUUGAUUAGUCAGUGUGCGGGUUUCUGAGGAGCCCCGGGAACUGGAAAGAGAAGACAAUACUAAAAAAUGAAAACAGUUCGCCACUCCCAGACCUUUAUCUAAUCAUAAGUCCUAGGUGCCGAUCCAACUCCCAAACAUGGUCGCCGCCAUUGUCUCGGGUCCUUGUGACUGACUGACUGUACGUCCCUCCAGUAUGGCACGUCACCCCUUGAUGAGGAAGAAAGAAAAUUGCCUCUGAGGCAAGCAGAGAAGGUCUGCUUGUAGGUCUGCUGUAGGGCUUGUCACCAUUGGAAGCAAGGAAAGGAGAAGAAAAUACUUCAGAUCAAUACAGGUCCAACUUCAGUGGCAGAUCUGGUGGCCUUGGAGUGGCUGAAGACCACCAUCCUCACAGGGCUGCACCCAGGCACAGCCAUCCUUCUUUACCUUGAAUUUGCUUCCUUGGCAUGUUGUCCAUACCACCAGAACCUGUAGUUGGAAAGGGAGCUGAGUGACUACUGGACUUUGUAUGAAAACAUUAACUUGGGACAGACCUUCAGUCAAGGCCUGCACAGGGAUAGGACAACAUUAUCUGGUAUUGCUUUUAACUUGGGCCAUGAUUAAUUCUAGUGCUAGAGAAAAAGCUAGAGAAGAGAUUGGGGAUGGCCUGAAAGCUGAAAUCAGUGGCCCUGACAAUGCAGGAGUGAGGGAUGAGGCUAAGGCCAUGGCAGUGGUUGAGGCAGAGCCAAAAUCAGAAUUAGUGACCCAGGUCAAGUUUGGGGAUGGAACAAUGGCCAUGACACAAACAAUGACCUACACUGAACCUGUGACUGGGACAAAGGAAGUAAACAAAAUGGAAAAUAUGACUGAUAAUAGAGUCAUGGAUCAAACUAAGACAAAAGUCCUUCUAGAGCUUGGUAUAGUGCCCCAAACCAAGUCAGAGGCUUCAUCUAUGUCUAGGCUCAGUGCUAUAACUAAGUCUACAGUCAGGGUUGUUUCUGGCAGUGAGGCAAGUUUCAGGUCCUGUUCCAAGGCUGAUGAUAGGGCCAAUAUUGUGUCCAGAUAUGAGACAAAGGAAGAGACCAGCAUCAAGUCCAUGGCUAGGAACAAAGUUGGCAUUGGAAUAAAGUCCACUGAUGAAGAGGAAGAAAAUAUCUGCUCCUGGUUCUGGAUUGGAGAAGAGCCUAGUGUGUGGCUCUGGUCUAAAGAAGAAAUCUCUCUUCAAAUUUAUAAGUCCCCACCUAAGAUCCAGGAAAGGCCCAAGCCCACACACAAAUCAAAACUUACUAUAAAACAAAAAGCAACAGCCUGGUCAAGGGCUAGAUACAUUGUCCUAGUCCCAAUUGAGGGAGAAGAACAACCCUUGCCUCCAGAAGGAAACUGGACCCUGGUUACAACCUUGAUUGAAACUCCUCUGGGAAUUCGGCCUCUGACCAAGAUCCCACCUUAUAAUGGGCUUUACUUCCAAACUUUAGCAGAGAUCAAAACACAGAUUAGGCAAAGGGAAAAGUAUGGGCCUAAUCCAAGGGCCGGCCUCUGCAAAUCACAUUGCUUUAGCUUAGAGCCUAAAGAGUUUGAUAAACUUGUUGCUCUACUGAAGUUAACUAAGGAUCCUUUCAUUCAUGAAAUAGCUACAAUGAUAAUAAUGGGCAUCAGUCCUUCUUAUCCAUUUACCCAAGAUGUAAUUCAUGAUGUUGGUAUUAUAGAUAUGAUUGAAAACUUGAUCAAUAAUCCCAAUGAUCAUGAAGACUCUGGAGAUUUCGAUGUGGUUGAUAGUAGCUCUGAGUCUUCUGAAGAAGGAAAAAUGGGUGAGUCAUAUAUAUACACAAUUUGUAAGAACAUAAUGUAUUGUUCUUUGAACUCCCCUGUGCAACUGGCUGGGAUAAAAUUAUUAGUGCACCUGAGUGUGAAAUUUAAGAAUCACCACUUAAUUGUCAGUUAUAUUCCAGAUUUCCUCACAUUGCUAAACAAUGGAAAUGUUAAAACCAAGUUCUGUAUUUUGAAAGUAUUUUUAUGUUUGUCUAAAAAUCAAGCCAACGUAAGAGAACUGAUCAGUGCUGAAGUACUAUCAUCAUUGGUUGCACUUUUUGACAAGAGUGAGUCAAAGGGCCUUAUUCUUAGUAUCCUGGAAAUUUUUGAGAAUAUAAAUUUCCAAUUCAAAAAAAGAGCAAAGCUGUUUACCAAGGAGCACUUCACUAAAUCUGAACUUAUUUCCAUAUUCCAGGAAGCAAAAGGUGUUGGUCAGAAACUCCAUAGCUUAGCAGAGCACAGUGAUUACGAGGUGAGAGAUAAAGUUAUACAAUUACGACUCAAACUUUGAGUAGCUGUGUGUUCUCAGAGCCUUUCAUGAUGCCAAUGCAUAUUAUAAUUUAAAUACUUGCAUUUUCUGUGUUGAUUCAACGAGCCAAUUUUAUGAGUACCAAAUAAUCUUGAGAGCUUGAACAUUUGUCAAUUUUUUAUUGUGGUAUAGAACAUAAAUCAAGAUAUUUUUUAGUAUUUCUGCAACGU